AGAAGAUCCAAUAGUGCGCCUAACGAAAACAAUAAAGCCACCGGAUUUAGGGCAAAGAUGAAUAACAAACGAGGGGAGUAAUGCUAGACAAUACGCGUUAAUCAGCCAAAGCGUUAUUGGAAAGCAACGUCACUCUCUCUUACGCUUAUAGCUGAAAUAUAAGACAAUUGGUGAUAAUGAUGGUAAAAGAUAUCUCUGUUAAUUGGUUAAGCUGGACUUAUGUAAGGGCAACGACAUUGCUGGCUCAGGCGCUCAGAGAGAUGCCAUUGUGGGUAUAUCAAAGUGGUAAAUUUCUAGUACGAUCGAUAGGGAUUGGUCUGUUCAGCACAGUGUGGAAAUUUAUAAAAGUGAUUGCAUUCUUGCUCAGAGCAAUAGUUACUGUGAUAUUUGAGCCUAUAUCGUUGCUCAUACACAUCUUGGAGUACAACGCCCAUGUAUUCUUAAACUUCUGGCUAUCUCUCUUAUUUCAAACUUCUCUCGAACACUUGUUUGACGUGGAGUUCGGUAUCGAAGAGUUGAAGAUUGUUGUGCAAUGGCUAAGGUACGUUAACCUGAUGUGUAUAACGUCCAUGUUUAUGGGGAUAUUCACGUACUAUACAUUUGUCAAGAUCAUAUACUGGCUGACCAAAUUAGAAAAACAGAUACCCGCCACUUUAGAGAAGAAAAGGAAAUUGGUUGGUUCCAAAAUUGCAACUGUGAAGAUAAUACCAUCGUCUGAAUCGAUACUGAGUGAGUACGCCAAAAGUGCCGCCCUAAAGGGUACUGGUAAUGAUAGAAAAUCUACCAAACUACCCCUUGACACCAGCGAUUACCCGUACGAUAUUCAUGAUGAUGAUGAGGAUAAUAUAUUCACAUUAAGCUCCAUGAGUACAAUGGAAAAGGAAACAAAAACUGGUAUUGAUGAACAAAACGGACUCUCGCCGUCUCCAACUUUGAGAUUAAGAAAGUCAAAUCUUGAGCAUCAUAAGGAGUCACCAUUGACAAAGGCCUUCAGAUCUCGAGUCAGCUCUUCAUUUUGCGAAUCUGAAUCGCCAACUAGAAUAUCAUCACUUUCCAGUAGUGGAAUCAACACAAUUACAACCACGAGCUCAACAACAUCAAGUGUAUUUAGUGGUUCAAAUGGACCUCAUGUUCCAACCACUCCGAUCACGACGAUAAUCGAAGAGGAAGAUGGACAUACGGAAGCGAGUGCAGAUGAGAGCCUGAAGUGUUGACAUUGGACAUAAAAUUGUUAAUGUAUUAUCGUCAGAUAUCCCAGUUCCGUCA